AUUGGAGACUACCGAACUAGAGAAAAGGUAAUUGGUCGUUGUAAUCGUGCCCGGGGGCGCCCUCACUCAAGACCGUGGACCCUCAUCCUCUACGGCUUGCAUGUAGGUUCCGCUAUUCGAGUACAUGCAACGAGCACACGGCCAGCACUCACAAGCCAAGAGUGGAUGGGAUAAAUGGGAUUAUACUCUGCAGACUUGAAGCGCCUCAUGAUCUCCCAUCCAUCUCCCGCAAUCGACACAACGACAACGGGCUUGUGAGCCGGGCCAAUGUAGGCUACCUUAUACGUAUGGUCUCUAAGGGGCGUUCUCAUCCCUCAUGUCAGUCUUGUCCAUCGUCCUCGCCAUUUCAAACGGCGCCUACAACACUACAUCGAUGUUCGUGGUUCGUGUUGACCCGGUCUCGUUGAUAAGGAAACAGCUCAUGCUGCACCUUCUCUGUGAGCUCACAACUGCUUGGAGCUCACAACCACGCGUGGAGUCUGCAUCUCUGACAUCGACGUAUGGAAGUCUACAGAGUCCUCGCAAGCACAUCGAGUAAAAUGCGGGAUGCAAGCAAUCCAGCCCUGAAAAUACACAUAAGAUUAACCCAAUGCCGAUACAAAACGAGUGGGGGAAAAAAAAGAAGAAGGCCAGAAAACGAAAGAAAACAAAGGAAAAAGCCUUUUCACAGGAAACCAUCCUCAUUCACUUUAAACCCGUCUUCCGCUCUAGCAGACGUCAUCCGGCGGCGGCGGAGUGCAUCCCGCGACCCCCCCCUCCCACAACCUUCAAUUGUCGGGUGUUUCCAUUAUUCUCUUUCGUGAUUCUGCGAAUGCAGUCAGUCAUGUAUGUAUAAACGCAAAUCAGCAUCCGUGAGAGUCGUCGUGGUCUUUGACCUAAAGAGCGCCGUUCGCCGACAUCAUGUUGACGCGACAUGAACGGCGGCCGAAACUGGGUCCGAUGAUGAUGAAUCAUUGAUGCCGCCCGGAACACCACCACCACCACCACCAUAAACACUCACUCACUCACUCACUCACACCGUCACACCAAUUCCCUCGUCUGAAAAGCCUCACACAACUCUCCCAUCUACAUACACAACACACAGACCCGUCGGGCGCCAUCACAUUCCUCUGAUCCCGCAAGAACCCGCACCAACACCAAAUAAGAUAAAACAAAGGGCUCGUUCCACCUGCCCAUGAGUGCCGUGCGAAACCUCACGAGCCGCCGCAUAAGCCAGCUAUCCCACCACCUCGCGACCUCCUCACCUCGCGCCAUGUCCUCAGCACCGGGAUCGGCCUCCCCCGGCCCAGCGCCGUGGCGCGCCGCCUUCCUUGAGAACGUCACCGCCAUGGCCUCCCCCGAGUUCAGCCUCGCGACGCUGCACUCCGCCCCCUCGACCGCCGCCGCCGGGGCUGGUGCCGGGGCCGUCCCGCGCCUGCGCACUGUCAUCUUUCGCGGCCUCUGGGCCUCGCUGCCCGUCAACCCCAAGAACACGGCCGACCUCAACCCGCCCGCGUACGAGUCCGACCUGCUCACCCUCACCACCGAUGCCCGCAUGGCCAAGGUCCCAGACCUGAUCGGCGGCUCCUCCGCCUCCCCCAGCGGCAGCGGCGGGCCCGUCGAAGCGUGCUUCUGGACCGACGCGAAGGUGCAGUGGCGCGUACGCGGCGAAGCCUACGUUCUCGGCCCGGACGUCGAGCGCGAGGCCUCCGCCGCCGUGCGCGAGACGCUGCUCGCGCGCAUGCGCCGCGUCCCGGACAAGACGGCCGACGACGGCUGGAGCUUCGCGCGCGAGGUCACGGCGCACUUCGGCAACCUCAGCCCCAUGAUGCGCGGCACGUUCCGGAACCCCGAGCCCGGAACGCCGCGCGGCGCGAACCCGCCCGGCGACCAGCUGAAGCUGGGGCAGAAGGUCGAGGACCUCCACGACGAGGUGGCGCGGGCCAACUUCCGCGUCGUCGUCAUCGUCCCGACCGAGGUGGACCAGACCGACCUGAGCAACUCCGAGGACCCACGGCGGUGGCUGUACCGGUUCGUCGGCGCGGCGGCCGAUGGCGAGCCGGCCGAUGGUGCGGAGCGGUCCAACGGCUGGGAGAAGGUCGAGCUAUGGCCGUAGAUGGAUGGAUGGAUGUAUGGAUGGAUGGAUGGGGGCCGAGAAGGGGGUAGGGAGGGGGGAGGAUCGUCCGUUGUUGGACACCGCACACUCGUAUGCAUAGUAGAUUCACUUGGCUACCUAGACACAAAACAGGCGGUAUCGUUCCAAACAGCGAACGUACCCAGCGCCGAGCCUACCUACAGAAAGCAUCAUCACGUUACGCUCACCUUACCCGCUCAGUUCAUCG